AUGAGUGUAUCUCAUAAAAAUCGCACAGUGCAAAGAAGACAAGUCCGAAAAGUUGGACAACGAUUGAGACGAUUGCAAAAAGCAAAGAAACUCAAGCGAUAUAUGGUGGAUGCAGUGAGAGAUGUUAAAGAUAGGAAGCACGUUGGUUCACGUAAACGAGCUCUUGAUAUAAAGGAAGAUUGGAUUUUGGAUCGCGAAGAAGUUGCUAAAAAUGAAGAAAAUGAUGAAAUCCUUCCACUAGACAUGCUUGAUGCAGACAUUGAUUGGGAAAAUAGCGCCUUUGCAGCAAACAUCAGGCGUUUAGAAAAAGCAAAAAAUGAGACUGAAAUUGAUGACAUUGAAAGUAAAAGACGUAAAUUUCGAGACACAUUAGAGGAUAAUGAGCAGGAGUUGUUGCCAAUCAAAGUUGGUACCAAAGUCAUAAGGCAAACUCGCAUAAUAGACGAAUCAGUGAGCAAAGAAGAUAAUGAACAACAAGAAACCGAAGAAAGUGGUGAUUGUAGUGUGGAUUUAUCAGAGCUGAGUGCAGCAGAAUUAUUAAAGAUACGCCAUGAACAUGUGGAGGAAGCGAAAGAUAAAAUUAGCAGUUUAGCGCACGCAAUCAUCGCGGAUCCUCAAGUCGAAGUACAGGCUUUAAAACAUCUAUAUUUGCUUUGUAUUGGAGAAGGUGUCCAUUCAUUGGCACGUGAAACUGUAAUGAAAAUUGCAACUGUUUCAUUGGCCGAGGUUUUUGUGGACAUAAUUCCUGGUUAUAUUAUAAGAUCUCGUACAGAAGAAGAGUUAGCCCAAAAACUUAAAAAGGAAACAAGAAAAUUGUAUGAUUUUGAACAAACGCUUCUUCGAUAUUAUUUGAAAUACCUGCAACAUUUAGAAAAAUAUGCUGGAAAAUUAUGCAAAGUUUCCAAACAAAAUAGUUUUGAUCAGCUUGCAAUAAUAUGCACGAGAUGUCUCUCACGAAUACUUGUUUCUGCUCCUCACUUCAACUAUGCAUCAAAUAUAAUCAGCUUUUUAGUUCGGCUCACCGUUUCAAAUUGUGAAGAAGCUGUCGAUAUAUGUUGCAAUUCACUGGGUCAGCUAUUUUACAACGAUUUGACUUUCCGUGUGUCUGCAAUUGGGGCCAAAUUCAUUUCAUCAAUAGUCAAUAAAAGAAAAGGAAACGUUCCUCCAUCUCUGAUUGCUACAUUUCUGAAAUUGAAAGUGAAGGUCAUCACUUAUGAUAUCGUGCAGCAGAGACAAAAUUAUCUUAUUGUAAAUGAUGAAGUGGAUAAGAGUGAAAAUAAUCAGGAAAAAAAGAAAUUAAUGAAUAAGAAACGCUUGCUUAACAAGGAGAAAAAAAUGAAAAGCAAGAAUAAAUUCGCGAAACAAUUAAAAAAACUACAAGCUGAUUUAAAAGAAGCAGAAGCGACUGAGUCUGCAUCAUCAAAACUGUCAUUUGCAACUGAAACGAUGAAUCAUGUUUUCGCUACGUACUUCCGUGUUAUAAAGCGAUUACCCACAACAAGGUUACUGGAGCCAGUUUUGGAGGGUUUGGCUAAAUUCGCACAUUUGAUUAAUGUUGAAUUUUUUGAUGAUAUGAUAUCUGCUUUAGCAUCAUUGGUUAAUCAACAACAUUUGCGACUAAUAGAUUCAGUGCGAUGCAUUUAUACAGUAUUCGUAAUGCUCUCUGGAGAAGGAAUUGCUCUAAAUAUCGAUCCUUCUAAAUUUUACUGGUCAUUGUAUCGUUUAUUACCCACUUUAGCAUUUGAAAGGCAUCGAGAAAAUUUCACAAGCAUUUUAAUGUUGACUUUACGCACGUUAGAUUUGAUGAUUACUUGUCGCCGCAAACAAGUUCCUGUAUUUCGUGUGGCAGCUUUUACUAAACGGUUGCUUGCUGUAGCUUUUUUCAUGCCAUCAGUUGAUGCUGCAUCGAUUCUGUUAUGCGUUAGAUCAUUUUUUAUUGCAUAUCCAAAACUAGAUUGUCUAGUAGAGGAUACUGACGAAGUUUGUCAAAUGCAAUCCUUCAAGCCGGAAAUUGAUGAUCCGGAUUGUUGCAGUGCAUUAACUUCUUCAAUAAUUGCAGAACUUCUGCUUUUUGUAAAGCAUCCCGAUCGAGUUGUUUCAGCAGUUGCACGGUAUCUUCAAGCAAAAUUACCAUCAGCAGGACCAAAUCAUCUUCCACCAAAAUACUCAGCAAAAAAAGCGUAUGAUUGGUAUGAAGUAAACAAGGAUGAAAAAAAUAAUGCUUCGGAAUCAGUCUUUAUAAAACAAAUUGACGCUUUUGCAAAGAAGCAGAAAAUUCAGUUAACUUCAAAGACACUGCAUUCAGUGAUAUGCAAAUGGAUUGAAAGCAAGUCUUAA